AUGAAGUGCAUCCCUGAUAAAAUUUUUACCUACGAUCACAAUGUGUGCUACUGCAACGAAAACGGCACGGAGGUCACGUGCAAGAGGAAAAUGUUUACCACCCUUACACCCGAACUGCAUCGAAUCCAAUUUCAAAACAUCACCGUUAAAUGUGAACCCAACGAGACCUUCAAAGACAUUUGCCGAGACUGCAUCUGCCACGAGAGUGGAAACUACGCCUCGUGCCUUGGUCGAAAAUGCCCCAGAGCGGAGGCGAAACUAGAAACUCGUGAUAAGUGCACCCCUGGGUCGGUAUUCAGCGAUAGAUGCAACGGUUGCAUUUGCGGUUCUAAUGGUACGGCAGUUUGCACUAAAUUGGAUUGCCGACAAUUCUCCACUAAUACGAAUGAAACCCAGUGCGUGCCUAACUCUUUCCUCAUGCUGCAGUGCAACGAAUGCCAGUGCUCGGAAAAUGGAAAGUCAAUGGACUGCAACAGAAUGGGCUGCGAAUCGUUUUCCUUCCAUCACUCGCACAUUUUGAACAUGACGAUAACCUGCGAUCCUACGACGAUUUUCCAAUACAACUGCCAUCAUUGUCACUGCGGCGAGACUGGGAAAUUCGCCAUGUGCAGCGGAAUCGCAUGUCCACACGAGCACGACAUGACGACAGUUUUGGACACGGUGGACAAUUGCAAUCCGGGAGUGAUCUUCGCCGACGACUGUAACGUGUGCGUGUGCGGUGACGACAAGCGAGGCGUCUGCACAACGUUCACCUGCGAUCUCAAGUACGGAUUCAAAUACGUGGAUAAUUUGAAUUUGGCCUCUCACUAGAUAACUCGGCGGAUCACAUGAUUUUUGAUCAAUGAUUUCUUCGUUUUUUUUUAAUAAUAAAACAACGCGUUUAUUACGUAAAAGCGAAGCUCGACUGCAUUUA